UCUCACUACUGUGCCAGUUACACCAAGUACAAAUCCAGUGACAGUAACCACUCCAGCUGGAAAAGACAAACCUGAAGUCUUCCAAAAGAUUGUGGGCACUGUCGACCCAAGUGAUUCUUCUCUUUAUGAAGUUCCCGUCAAUGGUCCAGUAUCAGCCAUUCUUGUGCCAGCAACUGCUAGUGUAACUGAAAUUGUCAUAUGCCAGCACGAAACAACAGGUACAACAACGAGUGGAACAACUACCUCUGGAACAACAACUAGUGGAACAACAACAUCUGGAACGACAACUAGUGGCACCACAACAACUAGUGGAACAACUACUACCAGCGGUACAACAACCAGUAGUGGCACCACAACAACUAGUGGAACAACCACAACAAGUGGUACUACUACUACAUCCGGAACAACAACCACAAGUGGAACAACAGGAACGACUCCAUGUGACAAGCUUGAUCUGAUGAACACAAGUGAGAACCCAUCACCACCACCAACACCAUCCGCAGUCGGAAAUGAAGCCGGCGACCCUCUGUCGGAAAUACCUUUGGAUGAGACACCCUUUGUUGACUCAGUAAAGGUCACAUCGGAAACGAUCUUCACUUCUGUGCCCUCUGAGGAAACCACCAACCCUCAGGUGACUGAGUUCCCUGUCAAAUCUUCGACUGAUGAGAUUAUCUUGGUGACUAAAGAGAUACCUGAUGGCUACACAGUCAAUGGGACACCAGUUGAUACCUCUAGCAGUACCCCAGGCACCAUUAAAAACGUGUAUCUCACUACUGUGCCAGUUACACCAAGUACAAAUCCAGUGACAGUAACCACUCCAGCUGGAAAAGACAAACCUGAAGUCUUCCAAAAGAUUGUGGGCACUGUCGACCCAAGUGAUUCUUCUCUUUAUGAAGUUCCCGUCAAUGGUCCAGUAUCAGUCAUUAUUCUGCCAACAACUGCUAGUGUAACUGAAAUUGUCAUAUGCCAGCACGAAACAACAGGUACAACAACAAGUGGAACAACUACAUCUGGAACGACAACUAGUGGCACCACAACAACUAGUGGAACAACUACUACCAGCGGUACAACAACCACUAGUGGCACCACAACAACUAGUGGAACAACCACAACAAGUGGUACUACUACUACAUCCGGAACAACAACCACAAGUGGAACAACAGUAGAAAGGUGCAAGGAAUUUAAUAUGAAUGGCACGAGUGACAACGCUCCGUUCGAGGUGCAGAAGUUUGUCGUCGGAAACAAGACGGUUCUGGAAGCGAUAUAUAGCCCUCCAGCCUUUGUGGAUAGGUACUACACAAGAGCACCACCAGGCACAGUACCCAACUUCUUUGAAGUUAUUACAUCGACGCGUGAUCCUGGUGUCAGUAGAAAGUUGACGUUUGAGGAUACCACCAAAGAUAAACAGACAAUCCUUGUGACGGUUCUGUCACUCGAGGAAGCAAAAGGCCUAACAUUCACUCAAGUGGGCACAAAUAAACUAAUCACGCCCAUUGCAAAAGAAUUGGGAGAAAACGCAUUUAGCAAGGAAACCGUCGUAUGUGCUUUCUUCAAUAAAGAAGACGUAGUCCCUGGGAUAAAGGUGCAAGGAAACUUCCAGCAGGCAACUUCGUUGAAAUAUUUUGCCGAGCUUGUUGAAAAUUCCGUGACCAUUAACAAGCUGAUUAAAGGCUACGUUGUUACCUUCAACGGUGUGAUCGACAACAUAGAGGACACUGUGGGUGUUUGUGAGGAAGAAACAACCGGAACUACAUCAGGUAAUGUUGAAAUAAAAUGA